AUGAAGCUGAAUUUCCUCGACAUUCCCGAGCUAGUGGCUCACCUGGCCCCAUACCUCAGCCCUGCCGACCUCCUUUCCUGCGUCCAGCUCAACAGCACAUGGAAUAAAACCUUCAUCCCCGUCCUCUGGCGAUCCAUCGACGACUCGGCUCAAUCCUGGGGCUACAUUCUCCAUCAAAUCACCGACCCACGUCCACAACCGCCACCCCCAGCAGCAAUUAGUGCAGUAACAGUAGAAACAACGGCAACCGCACCAGGCAGCUCUCCCUUUCGUAGGCGUUCCUUCGAUACUCACAAGUCCUGCGUUCGCGACUCGGAUCUCAUCAAGGACCGAGACUGGCUGUUCGCCAUCUUUGAGAAGUACGGUCACCACAUCCGAGAACUCAAGAUCAACCAUACUCUGGUUCUCGAGGCGGCCAGUCGAAAGGAGACCUGCACCAGUUUGCACACGUUGGUUCUCGACUUGAAUCUGAAUGCAGAAGGGCUGUGUUUGGAGUACCUGCCUCUCCCUCCCGCUCCACCUCAACGGCCUCAGCUACCUAUCGUUCCUGGACUCGGUGUCAUGGUUGGUACUCCUGGCUUGGACGCUAAUUCCGCUGUUAUACCAGUUGCUCACGCUAGAGGAUUCGGGAUCGCGCCUGCUAUUACACUUGCUGGCACUGGCACAUUUGGCGUUGGUCCCGCCUUGCAAGCUCCAGGACCCUAUCAAGAACCCGACGUUGAACUCUCCAAGCCAUUGUUUCCUGGCCACCUAAAGCUGGCCGACUUUAAGACAACAACGCUCCAUGGUAACGCCACCCCCGAGUCGAAGAGGGCAAGUUUGGAGCAUAUCUGGACUCUCACCCAACAUACCUGGCAUCUCAUCCGGGUCAACCCAGGACUACUGCGUCUUGACACCUCUGAAUGCCUGCAGCAGGGUGACAGGAUAUCAGCAGACUUCGUUGUUGCAACCCUCCGACUACUAAAGCACCUCAAGGACCUCGAUGUCAAUGACUACAUGUUUGGGCGCGUCGAAUUUUGGAAGUUGUGGGAUGCGCUUCCAGCUGAGAUCGAGUCCCUCUCGUUCAAGAGUUCCAUCUCGCCGGCUGUCUUUCCCCUGCCUGAGCCACUGCCAGUGGCCAACAUGAGCCUGAAGGUCUUACUGGCUGGAGGAGUAACUACUGUCAAUGGACUGCUCACGCUGCUUGGCAUCUUCCCCAACCUGACGCAGCUUAGAGUGAAGGAGGUUGAGGAGAACCCGAGAUAUACGUCGAGUCCAAACUACACCCCGCUACCGCCAGCACCGUUUGGUGGGCAGUCUCUCAGGAAACUCGAAGGCAUCGUGCAGGACUGGUACACUGUCUUUCGUUAUAUCCCAAGCAUUGUGGUGUGGGAGAUUGGGAACGAGUGUCUCCGAGAGGAUGUGGCGUUGCUUUUGAAGGAAUGUUGUUUAAACUUGGAAACGCUCAGAACCUUUCCGCCUUGGUUCAUCGACAGGAGUUAUAUUUCAGGAACACAGGGCAACGACCCAACCAACCAGUUCCUGAUCACCCACCGCCACCUCCGCGAGUUUGACAGCAUCAAGAAUUUUAUCAAGGUUGACGAGAUGCUGAGGGAGCCAUGGACCUGCGUGGGACUGGAGUGGUUGACUUGCAGGAUUGUAGGGUUGGAUCGAUUGACCCCUGUGGAGGAAGAAACGGUGGCACGCAUCAUGGCGCUUGGACACUCGGCUGACCUGUCAGAGGAGGAAACGGGAGUGGUCGAAAAGUUCAACAGAUGUCGCGCACAGCACCAUGGAGUCUACGAUCAGCUGGCCAGUCUGACGCGCCUCAAGCAUUUGGAUCUCGGGUACGAGAACCGGAACCCGUGGACGUUCAAGGGAGAAUAUUAUUUGGGCGAGGAUGGAAAGUACUACCUGGAAUACGAACCGCCGGUGUUUGAUACUUUGGAGCUAACGCUCGAGUCUGGGCUGGGUCGACUGGGGGAAUUGAGGAACCUGGAGCUGUUUGGAUUCGAAUGCCUCAACCACAAAAUUGGCAAAACCGAGAUGGACUGGAUGGCGAAGAGCUGGCCAAAGUUGAACCUGAUGUAUGGCCUGGAUUAUGAGCGAUUGUGCAGUAUUGAGCAUGACAAGAAAAGGGUGGCGUUGAGGGAGUACUUUACAAAGUUGCGACCCGACGUUGUUCACGAUAGUUUAUUCCACGACGACUUCUAG